CGCGACACAGGGCCGGGGUGCUGGGUGCUGGAGCGCAGAGCGGGGUCGUGGCGGCGGUGGUAAGAGGAGAGAGGCGGAGGGGGGGGGUGCCAUGGCGGGACAGCAGUUCCAGUACGAUGACAGCGGGAACACCUUCUUCUACUUCCUCACUUCCUUCGUGGGGCUCAUCGUGAUCCCGGCCACAUACUACCUCUGGCCCCGAGACCAGAAUGCCGAGCAAAUUCGAUUAAAGAAUAUCAGAAAAGUGUAUGGAAGAUGUAUGUGGUAUCGUUUACGGUUAUUAAAACCUCAGCCAAAUAUUAUUCCUGCAGUAAAGAAAAUAGUUCUGCUUGCAGGCUGGGCAUUGUUCUUAUUCCUUGCAUACAAAGUUUCCAAAACAGACCGAGAAUAUCAAGAAUAUAAUCCUUAUGAAGUAUUAAAUUUGGAUCCUGGGGCAACAGUAGCAGAGAUUAAGAAACAGUAUCGUUUGCUGUCACUUAAAUAUCAUCCAGAUAAAGGAGGUGAUGAAGUUAUGUUCAUGAGGAUAGCAAAAGCUUAUGCAGCUUUAACUGAUGAAGAGUCGCGGAAAAAUUGGGAAGAGUUUGGAAAUCCAGAUGGCCCUCAAGCCACAAGCUUUGGAAUUGCCUUGCCAGCUUGGAUUGUUGACCAGAAAAACUCAAUUUUGGUUUUACUUGUAUAUGGAUUAGCAUUCAUGGUUAUCCUUCCCGUUGUUGUAGGCUCUUGGUGGUAUCGCUCAAUACGCUAUAGUGGAGACCAGAUCCUAAUACGCACAACACAGAUUUAUACAUAUUUUGUUUAUAAAACCCGAAAUAUGGAUAUGAAACGUCUUAUCAUGGUUUUGGCUGGAGCCUCUGAAUUUGAUCCUCAGUAUAAUAAAGAUGCCACAAGCAGACCAACAGAUAAUAUUUUAAUACCUCAGCUAAUCAGAGAAAUUGGCAGCAUUAAUUUAAAGAAGAAUGAACCUCCACUUACCUGCCCAUAUAGCCUGAAAGCCAGAGUUCUUUUACUAUCUCAUCUUGCUAGAGUGAAAAUUCCUGAGACCCUUGAAGAAGAUCAGCAAUUUAUGUUGAAAAAAUGCCCUGCCCUGCUUCAAGAAAUGGUUAAUGUUAUCUGCCAGCUAAUAAUAAUGGCUCGGAGCCGUGAAGAAAGGGAGUUUCGUGCUCCAACUUUGGCAUCCCUAGAAAACUGCAUGAAGCUUUCCCAGAUGGCUGUGCAGGGCCUUCAGCAGUUUAAGUCUCCCCUUCUACAGCUCCCUCACAUUGAAGAGGACAAUCUUAGGAGAGUUUCUAAUCAUAAAAAGUACAAAAUUAAGACUAUUCAGGAUUUGGUGAGUUUAAAAGAAUCAGAUCGUCACAAUCUACUGCACUUCCUCGAAGAUGAAAAAUAUGAAGAGGUUAUGGCUGUCCUUGGUAGUUUCCCAUAUGUGACCAUGGAUAUAAAAUCACAAGUAUUGGAUGAUGAAGAUAGCAACAACAUCACAGUAGGAUCCCUAGUCACAGUGUUGGUUAAGUUGACAAGGCAAACAAUGGCAGAAGUAUUUGAAAAGGAGCAGUCUAUUUGUGCUGCAGAGGAACAGCCAGCAGAAGAUGGGCAGGGUGAUACCAAUAAGAACAGGACAAAAGGAGGAUGGCAACAGAAGAGCAAAGGACCCAAGAAAACUGCUAAAUCAAAAAAAAAGAAACCAUUAAAAAAAAAACCUACACCUGUGUCCUUACCACAGUCGAAGCAACAGAAACAAAAACAGGCAAAUGGAGUUGUUGGGAGUGAAGCUGCAGUAAAGGAAGACGAAGAAGAAGUUUCUGACAAAGGCAGUGAUUCUGAAGAAGAAGAAACCAAUAGAGAAUCCCAAAGUGAAAAAGAUGAUGGUAGUGACAGAGACUCUGAUAGAGAGCAAGAUGAAAAACAGAACAAAGAUGAUGAAGCAGAGUGGCAAGAAUUACAACAAAGUAUACAGCGAAAGGAGAGAGCUCUGCUGGAGACCAAAUCAAAGAUAACGCAUCCUGUUUAUAGUCUUUACUUUCCUGAGGAAAAACAAGAAUGGUGGUGGCUUUAUAUUGCAGAUAGGAAGGAACAGACGUUAAUAUCUAUGCCAUAUCAUGUGUGUACACUAAAAGAUACAGAAGAGGUAGAACUGAAGUUUCCUGCACCAGGCAAGCCUGGAAAUUAUCAGUAUACAGUGUUUCUGAGAUCAGACUCCUAUAUGGGUUUGGAUCAGAUUAAACCCUUGAAGUUGGAAGUUCAUGAGGCUAAACCUGUACCAGAAAAUCACCCGCAGUGGGAUACAGCAAUAGAGGGGGAUGAAGACCCGGAGGACAGCGAGGGCUUUGAAGAUAGCUUUGAGGAGGAGGAAGAGGAGGAGGAAGAUGAUGACUAAGCCAUGCUCUGAAUGGACCACAGUAUUUGCAACUCUUUGCUGUUUCGGAAGUGUAUAAUAAACCAGAAACAGU